UGAAUCAUGUCCGGACUCUCCCGAACAAAGGGCAGUGGCUCAGAUCGCCCUUUCCUCAAACUUGAGAGGCUUGUUUGGUAUGCAGAUGGCUCCCUAACGGGAAGUGUAUAAGCGUUGUCCAAAAAGUCGGUCAGGGCAGACACAGUGUUUUUUAUACAAAAUCAUGGGUUAUCAAUCCAUAUCACGCAUGAUUGUGCGGUAUCAGUUGGUUAAUUGACUUUGUUAAUUCACAUUAAGCUAAUAGCAAUGGCAGUGAAGCUGAUUUCUUUACAUUUGAUCGAUUUACUUGUGUUUUUCCUUUCAUGGGGAGCGGUGGUUAGUGAUAAACAUCAACCAAACAUUGUGCUAAUUGUGGCCGAUAACCUGGGUUGGAAUGAUGUAGGGUUUCAUGGGUCGGACCAGAUUCUGACUCCCAACAUCGACGCUUUGGCGUACAAUGGGAUAGUGCUGAAUCGAUUUUACGUCCAAUCGACGUGCACGCCGUCGCGUAGCGCCCUACUAACCGGCCAGUACCCAAUUCGCUACGGUUUUCAGGGAUUGUCACUUAGGAGCGACAGCAAUAUAUAUUUGCCGACGCACCUCAAGACGCUUCCAGGCCAUUUGAAAGGUCUCGGGUACACGACGAGCUUGGUGGGAAAAUGGCAUCUCGGAUUCUCAUAUUGGAACAGUACGCCGAUUUAUCGCGGGUUUGAUACGCAUUUCGGAUAUUGGACAAGCCACAUCGACUACUUCAGUCAUACCGCUGAAGGUGGCUUCGCAAUGCGUCGAAAUCGACACGUGGCGUGGGAGACCCAAAACGAGUAUGCCACCCGACUAUUCACCCGAGUAUCCCAAGAGACGAUCAUGAAGCACAAUUACACCAAUCCUCUCUUCCUGAUGGUGUCUCACUUGGCUAUGCAUGUGGCCAAUCGGAACCAACUGUUACAGGUGCCCGACUUGGUCGAAACCAAUCAAACGUUUGGCUACGUUAGGGACUACAGAAGGCGGUUGUUUGCUGGAAUGCUUGCGGAACUUGACAAAUCUGUCGGUGCGAUCUGCAGGACGUUGCGAGACAGGGGUGUCUUCGAAGAUACCAUCAUUCUAUUUCUGUCUGAUAACGGCGCCCAAAACACGGACAAUGGAUUUGAUAAUGCCGGAUCCAAUUGGCCUCUACGUGGUAUGAAAGCGACCCAGUACGAGGGUGGUGUGCGCUCUCCUGCAGUAUUAUACUACGGUAAACUAAAAACAAAUGCUACCAUCAACAACCAACUUAUGCACAUAACUGACUUGUUACCAACUUUGUACGCCGCCGCUGGUGGAACCAUCAGAGAUCUGGGUACCAUAGACGGCGUCAAUCAAUGGACCACAAUCAGUGAAGGUAGCAAAUCACCUCGUUCGAGUGUCCUUUUAGAUAUAAACGAAGUUGCCCUACAUUCCGCUGUGAUCUCACAUGGAGGUCGUUACAAACUGGUGAACGGUUCUGUUUUGAAUCCAACCUUCGGACGGGACGGGUACUACGGCAAUGACACAAGUUCAACCAACAACCCUCCUUACAACCCUGACCUGGUACUGGACAGCCCGACCAAUAAAGUAAUUAACAAGGGAUUGACGAAAAAGAAACUUCUUCAAACUCGGAAGAAAAUCACGGUCACGUGUGAACACGGGGACGAACAGCCGGUCUCGUGUGAGGACUUUUGCUUGUUUGAUUUGGAGAAUGACCCUUGCGAGACCAAGAAUUUAGCGGAAAAUCUUCCAAAUGCUGUCGCCGAUUUAGGCGCGCAGCUAUUGUCGUAUUGGGAGGUGCUCCAACCUCAGUAUCAUCAGGAAAUCGAUCCGAACGCGAAUCCGAUUUAUUACAACAAUACGUGGGUUCCGUGGAUGGAGCAACACUAAACUUGAUAUGUCUCAUUGUAUAUUUAAAGUAUUGCCGUGUGUUAAUGCCCACGCGAUCACUACAUCUGUCCAGCUAGCU